ACCCUAGCUGAAGCCAUGCAGUCCUUCAGAGAGCGGGGUGGUUUCCAGGGCAACCAGCGCUGCUACCAGCAGGAACCCCAUGAAUUAUCUCGCCUUGAGAAUUACAGACAUCACAGCCAGACUGGACAGGGCUAUGAGGUGCAUUCUCUUUCUGCUGCAGGGAUGCCAACAGCAGGAACAAGCUCUAAGGACUGUUAUGGGCAACAGCCCUACCCCAGCUAUGGUAGCAGUUCAGCUCAGAGCAAGAAACCAUACAGAGGAGGAAAAGCUCCAAGCCAGCACCUGCAGGCUGGCUACAGUAGCCACAUAAAUUCUGGAUAUUCAUCCCAGUACAUGAGUGAGGGACACUUGCAGCAGAAGUGGGACGAGUCUGGUCAGAUAUCUCAGUAUGAACAGGACAUUGUGGGUCAUCUUGAGCCUGGGGCCAGUGGCUCAUCCCAGUACCUUGAGCAGAACAUGCUAGCCAUUUCUCAAAGCCAGUGCCAUCUCCCCUCCCAAUCGUCUGCCCCUGUUUAUACGAGCCCCCAUCAGCAAGGUCAUCCUCCCAAUCCUACUCCAUCUCCUUUAAUGUACCCACAGAGCCACAUCCAUUUCCCUCAACACUCCCAACCACCCUCCUCCACCUCAUCAUCUUACAUGGAGAAAUGCAAUCCGAUUCCUCAUGGCUACAAAGGUGGCUAUGGAAUGCCACCUAAUGCCCAGUAUUCAAGGCAGAUGGGUAACCACAGUAGCCUGAAGCAGAGUAGCUAUCGGCCACCGAAUAAUUAUGGCUACCAACAGCCUCCUUCAAGAGCUGGAUUUGAACAGCAGGCUUCCUUGCAGGGAUUGUCAGGUACGCCAGAGAGUCUUCAAAAAUUCCCACAUUAUAAUCAGCCCCAACAAAACUACUGUAUAACAGAUAUUUCUGUGAGAUCACCUGAACAGUAUUACCAGAACUGCAGUCCAAGCUCCAGCCAUUCACCGGCAAGGUCUGUGGGCAGGUCACCCUCAUAUAGCUCCACACCCUCCCCCUUAAUGCCCAAUCCUGACACGUUCCAGUAUGGCCAACCAAUCAACCCUUCCUCCUCUUCUGCAAACCUGCAAGAUCCAAACAUGCUAAUGCCUCCACACACACACCCAUCCCCAAGUGUUAAUCACCAAUCACAGAGCUACUCCAGUUCUAUGAAGGACCGCUUUUCUGAGAAGUUGUUUUCCAACCCAAGCUUGUGGAGCCUUAAUGCUCUGACAUCUCAGGUAGAGAACAUCUCCAACAAUGUCCAACAAUUAUUGCUCUCAGAAGCUCUUAUGGCCAACAAAAAAGGUAACAAGCGAAACCAGCUGAAAAAGGGCGAGGAAUAUAGGGGCCACUUAAAGGCAAUGGAGGACUCUUCAUGUCCUGAAAGCCAACAUGGUCCUCUCCCCAGCGAUUCUUAUGGCACCCCAAGGUCCAUGCCAGCUGAUUUACUAGAAGUAGGAUACUCCAGCAGCACUGAAGAUCAGAUGGAACGUAACUACUACUACUUUGGUCAGGGCAAAGGUCCAACACAUGCUUCAGCACAUUCUCAGCUGAGUCUGGAUACAGUUUCUACUUGCUCCAUAAACUCAACAGAUGACAUGUCAGUCAGGUCAGGUGACUCAGAUCGGAGUAUACAGAGUGCAGCUCCUGAAGAUAAUCUUAGCUGUGACCCUAGGGUGCAGAGAGUGAUGUAUGGAGAGGAGCAGCACAGUUCUGUCAGAAACAUUAGAAAUGAAAGCUCCCCUAUUAGCACAACAGCACCAAGCCCUAAGAAGCAGGAGAGUAAUUCUCCAAUAGGCAUAAAACAGUCUGAGAGUACUCAGAAGGAGAAUUUUGAGGAAUCUGCCUGGACUGAGAGGAUAACCGAUGAAAAAGAAAUUGGAAAAAUGAAGCUGCCCACAGAAUAUAAGUGCAAAGGACAGGUUUUUGAGGCAACUGAGAAACGGCAGGAGUGGUUGGAGGAUGAGAAGUGCCCCUCCUUUUUUCAUAAGUUAAAUAAAGAAGUGUCAAAUGAAAGCUAUUCUUAUGAAACAGAAGACAACAUCUAUCAGAAACUGAAAAACAAAUAUGAGACAGAGGAAGGAGACUUUGCUGGGAAGUGUUGUGACACCAGCAGUAAAGGAAAUGAAGAUUCAGAAAUGAAAGCUGAAAUGUUCAAAUUAGAAUCACAGAAUAAUGGUGAGGACCCUAUAACAGAAUCACCAGCUAUUUCAAAAGAUGUGCCUGAGUCCAAUCUAUAUUCGCUUGGGAAAGAGGAAAGAUCAGAGACACCUCAUCUCACCUCUGAGUGUGGAUCUUCAGAGGAAAGACUGUUAACUUCUGAGAGACAGAAUGAUGCCUUCAAGGAGCAACAGUCUGCCACAACCUAUUCAGCUUCUGAAGUAAGAGAGAAAGGAAGUCUGACAUCCAAUGAAGAUGUCAUUAACAGUAAAGCAAAACUAGAAGAGUCCUCUACAGAGGCCUGUAAUAAUCCAGGGGAGACAGCAAGUGGACCACUUUGUGUGGUCAGCACCGAAAUAGCUGAGACCCCUGCCCAAGACAUAGCCCACAGAAGCAGUGAAAGAACAUCAGUCACAUGUGACAUUGCACUUCAGUCUCACCCUGUCAGGAGUGGCUUCUCACCUCUCAAUGAGAAAACAACACCUCAGAAUCAGGCGAGGGAUCACAUUGAUGCAAAGGUGCUGGAGCCUGACUCCCCUCAGUUGCCAGGCAAGUCAAUAAUAUCUUCUGCACCAUCUUGGGCUGAUACUCCACCCUCUCCACAGAAAGGUGAUGAGGAUGUAGAACCAGGCAUAAGCUGUCCCAGUGCAACAAAACCAGAGCCCAUAGCCCCUUCUGCACAUCCAAGACUGUUGGGCAGAAAGCAUGCACGGGGUAGGAGAAGAUUAAUUCAUUCAAAUGCAGGGAUGAGGAGUGUGGAGAGGGAUGGGGCUCCACCAUCUCCUCAAAAGCCCAGCAUGCUCUCAGGUAACAGUGCCAUCUUCUCCGAUCAGAUGGAAGCUGUUCAGCUGGGUAUUAGCAGUCAAACACCAAAACUUCUGACAGAAGGUUUACCAUCUCGCAUGUGUACUCGCUCUUUAGGGUCCCAAAGUACCCCAAAGGUUUGUUCUCAAGAGAGAAGAAAACCAGGUCCAAAGCCCAGUUCAAAACCUGGUCCAAAACCAGGACCAAAACCUGGAACAAAGCCAGGACUAAAACCUGGAACAAAGCCUGCUUUAAAACCAAGUCCAAAACAAGGCCUAAAACCUGGACCAAAACCAGGCCCAAAGCCAAGUCCCAAACCUGGUGCAAAGCCUUCUUUGAAGCCUGGUCCAAAACAGAACUCAAAACCUGGGUCAAAACCAGGCCCAAAACCUGGGGCUGUUCCAAGUGUAAAACCCAGUCCAAAGCCAGGUCCAAAGCCUGCUGCUAUACCUGCUCUAAAGCCUGGUCCAAAACCUGGUUUAAAGCCUACAGAAGGAGUAACUCCUAAGGGUCCUGGUCGGCCAAAAGGCCUCACCUCCAGGAUCAAAUCAAUGAAAUAUGAAAAUAAUAUAGAUACUAUCACAGAGCAUAUUGAAGAUACAAGCUGCAUGAGUGAAACCCCUGAACAACAAGCAAAUGCUGCAGUCAGUCUGGAAACUGUUGUUGGUACUACUUUGCACACUUCAAUAGACAGCACAAUAGGUUCCACUUUGGACACUGCUUUGGAUGCUUCUUUUGUAAAUUCUGUAGCAAAAGAUCAAAAGUCCAUGGUAUUAAGAUCUCGUAAGCAAACACGGGAAAAGAUAACAGAAGACAAGGAAAAAGAGAGAGAGACAUCAACUGAAGCAUCAGCAAUAAAGCCCACUGAAUCACAUAUACAGAAAGUGGCUGCUGCUCAGCCCUGUGAGAACCUAACAUCAACCUUAAAAUCACCCAACCAUGAGGAUAUCUGCACAGAUUCACUUAGUCAACUUAAUGAGCAGAUUGUGUCAGUUUCAAUCAAGCGAAAAUCCAGUUUACAAGCCCCGGACCCAGUCAAGAAAAAGAAAGGUCUGAAAGUUAGUCAAACAAAAACACACGAACCUCAGCCACAGGAGUUAGUAGUAGAAGCCCAAGGUUCAAAGGGAAGGCGAAAGCGAGGACAUAAAUUAGAACCAUCUGCUUGCAGCACUCUGACCAAAGAUAACAUCCCCUUGGAAGACAUCAGUGACACACCUUGUGUGCCUCCUCAGUGUCCUACUAAAACAAAAUAUCUGCCUCCAAGGAAAGGCAGAGGACUUAAAUAUGAAGCAAUGGUUCAGAAAAUCACAUCCCCAGCAUCCAAAAAGCAGCCUCUGAAUAUCCAACCAGAUGUUGUACUAGAAGAAUUAGCACCAAAGCCAUCACCAGAACUACAGGUAACUGAAAAAAGAAAGACAAACACUACUGUAGUAACACCAGAGGAGGGUGAGAGUACAGUAAGCUUUGAGGAGACUCCAGACACAGCAUGCACCCAAACUCCUCGAAAGAAGCGCAGAAAGUGGGCCACAGUGGAGAGCACUGAGACACCAGAUAUAGUAUUGGAGACUGGGGGCCUUAUUAUCAACACACCAAGGCUAGCCAAACAAAGAGCCAUUAAAAAUAACCAUGAGAUGCAUCUGAAGCAACGGAAGAAGAGAAGAAAAGUUACUGAGCUUACAAGGAGUCUGCCAAUUGUGGAAACACAUGAGCAGACUGAUGUGUUCAUCUCUCCUCCCGCACCUCCACUGCCAUCACCACCAACUUCUCUCUUUCCAGACACAGAAGAGAAGACACAGGGUGAACAGCUUUCAGUAGAAAUUGACUCAACACUAAUUAAACCGAAAAGAGGCAGGCGGCCAUCACUCAAAAAGAAACAGGAAGAUUUCAGUCAGGAAAUAGGAAAUGAAGAAGGUCAAAAGGUCAAAAAAAAGCCUGGACCUAAAAAAAAGAUCAAACAGAAUAAAAACAGUACCAUCAAGGUCACUGUAAAGGGACUGAAACCUAAGAUAAAAUGCAAAAGGGAAUGCAUUCCUACUGUGAAAGGAAUAUUGACAGAUUUUUUUAAAAUGCAAGAAAGUGAAGGCAAGCAUUCUUUCAAACCAUAUGUACACAUUGACAGCUCCAAAAAGCUUUCUUCCCUUUGCACAAUCAUAAACAAACCCGAGGAAGAGCAUCUGUUCAUCCAGACAAGAAAAAAGAACUUGGAAAAAACCAAGACAAUACCAAAUUCGUCAGUAAUGCUCCAGGGCCCCUUAGUGAACAGAAGCCUAACUGACAGGUGUCUAAUAUGCUGCCUGUGUGGAAAGCCAGCAAAUUACAGAGAGCUUGGGGAUUUGUGUGGCCCGUACUACCCUGAGAAUACCAUACCACGGAAAACGCAGACUUUAACAUACCAUGAAGAAUUCAGGCAAAGCAGAGACAGAGAGCAAGAUGAGGUGGCCGUGAGCAGUGCUGAGCACAUCAGUGAUGUGAAGCGAGAAGGAGAAAAAGACUUGCUUCAAGAGGGGACAAUUGAAGGAGAUUGCAGGCAGGUAAUGAGAGAAAGAAGGGCACAACUUAGAAGUCGUCUUGGCUUGCGGGCGAGGUUCAAAAGACUGCAGCUGUUGCAAGGAAGAGCUGGUGGAGGGGUUCCCUCUGCUGGAGAGGAGGGCUCUUACUCUGUUCUGCAGAGGUUACAGCUGGAGGCUGAGGUUAAUGAACACUGGGCACAUGAGUCCUGCGCUGUCUGGACUAGUGGUGUGAUCCUAAUCGCAGGCAAACUUUAUGGACUGAAGGAAGCUGCACAGGAAUCUACACUCACAAAAUGCUCGAAGUGCCAGAGUGAGGGAGCCUCCAUUGGCUGCAGCUGGAUGAACUGUAAUCAUAAAUACCACUAUGUCUGCGCCAAAGAGACAGGCUGUGUAUUCGACGAAGACACUUUCUCAAUAAAAUGUCCAAAACACCAGGUAAGUGUCUGA